UCUGGCAACCCUGAACAUUUCGCUUUUGUUUUUAUUCCGGAUUGUUAUUGUUUUUGUCAGUUUUUCCGGUUCUUAUGUGGGAAAUUUGUGGAUUUUGAGCGGCAAGUCAAGGAACCAGAAGCACGAUGAACGCCCUGAGGCGCCUUGACCGCCUAAUCGCACCGAAAGCCCACCGCAGCGCAGCCAUCUCCACAUGCCUUUGGCCACAACGAUGUAGGAAGCAAACCACGAGCUCAUCCGGAAGUCUCAACUCCACUGUCACGAUAAAUGCGGCCGAGGUGCGUGGCGUUGCUCAGAUUCUGCGCCAGCAGAGGGGCAACCUAGGCCAGCCCACCAGCGUCUCGCAUCCGCACCUCAUCCGGCCGGAUGAGUUGGUUCCGGGUGUGGAGCUAGCAGAGUUUAAGGAGCGGCGGGCGCAGCUGAUGCAGAAUAUUCGCGCCUAUGCGCGCAGCUUUGGAGGAGAGUUUAACGGCCACUCAAGCCCCAGCCACAUGCUGGUCCUGGGUGCCGCCUCCAAAAAAUACAUGAGCGGCAAGAUCCCCUAUGUGUUCCGGCAGAACUCGGACUUCUACUACCUCACUGGCUGCCUGGAGCCGGACGCCGUGCUCCUGCUGACCAUCGACGAGGCGCAGAACGUGCAGUCCGAGCUGUUUAUGCGACCCAAGGACCCUCAUGCGGAACUCUGGGAUGGACCGCGCACUGGGCCAGAGCUGGCAGUGCCGCUCUUCGGCGUCACAGAAGCCCAUCCGCUGGGCGAGCUGGAGACGGUGCUAGCCAAGAGGUCUGGCGCCCUUAAACCCCACAUUUGGUUUGACCAGAAGAACUCCGAUCUGCCGUCGCUGGCGGAGAACAUGCUGUGCCUGAGCGGCGUGGAGCAGCGUCCGCUACUGCCCGCCUACACUUUCCUAGAGGCCAUGCGGCUGCUCAAGUCCCGAGCCGAGAUGCAGCUAAUGCGGCGCACCUGCGACAUAGCCGCCCGCUCCUUCAACGAGGUGAUGGCAGAGUCGCGGCCAGGACAAUCGGAGCACCACCUGUUCGCGUCCAUAGACUAUAAGUGUCGCAUGCGCAACGCCAGCUACUUGGCUUAUCCGCCCGUAGUCGCCGCCGGGCAAAACGCCACGGUGAUCCAUUAUGUGAGCAACAGCCAGCUGCUGGGUCCGCAAGAUCUAGUGCUAAUGGACGCCGGCUGCGAGUACGGCGGCUACACCAGCGACAUCACGCGCACCUGGCCGGCUAGCGGACAGUUCACGGAGCCGCAGCGCACGCUCUACGAGAUGCUGCACCAGUUGCAGGCAGAGAUCAUUGCCACCGUGAUGAAGCCGGGCGGCGAGACACUCGACCAGCUGUUCGAAACCACCUGCUACAAGCUGGGCAAGUACUUGCAGGAGAUCGGGCUGGUAGCUAAGUCCGUAAGUGACUACAAGGAGCUGGCCGGGCAGGGGUACCGCUUCUGUCCGCACCACGUCUCCCACUACCUGGGUAUGGACGUGCACGACACGCCGCAUGUGCCGCGCAACACGCGCCUCGUGCCCGGCAUGGUGUUCACCGUCGAGCCGGGCAUUUAUAUUGGCCAGGACUGCGGCGAUGUGCCGCCCGAGUUCCGGGGCAUCGGCAUCCGCAUCGAAGACGAUCUGCUUAUCAACGAGCACGGCCAGGUGGAGGUCCUCACGGACGCCUGCGUGAAGGAUCCGCGCGCACUGCAGGAGCUGUGUCAGCAGCGGGGGAGUGACUCUGGCGCCUCCGCUUCGUUGUGAGGCCUUCCAGCGAGUGAGGAUCACAAAAUUCCUAGUCAUAAGUCGGUGCUUCCUUCACUACUCCGGCGUGAAUAAUUUCGCGCCAGUCUGAGUUCUAAAGUAAAGGCAGCUGGUGUAUUUAUAAGUGCAUACAUGGCGAAUACAUUUGAAAUUCGACUCCCCGCCA